AUGGACCUGACCGCCCCGGGCAGCGGCGCGGGCUCCCUGCCGCUGCUCCUGGCCCUGGGUUUAGUGAUCCUCCACUGUGUUGUGGCAGAUGGGAACUCAACCAGAAGUCCUGAGAAUGAUGGCCUUCUCUGUGGAGAUGCCAGAGAAGAUUGUGCAGUUACCACCACACAGUCAAAGUGGAAUGAUUACUUCUCUCCAUGCCCCAAGAAAUAUGAGCAUUACUGCAUCAAUGGGAAAUGUCGCUUCGUGGGGGCCCUGCAGACACCCUCCUGCCUCUGUGAUGAUGGCUACGCUGGGGCAAGAUGUGAGAGAGUUGACUUUUUUUACCUGAGAGGAGACACAGGACGGAUUCUGGUGAUUUGUUUGACAGCAGUUAUGGUAACAUUGAUCAUUUUGGUGAUUGGUGUCUGCACAUGCUGUCAUCCCCUUCGAAGGAAAAAGAAAGAAGAUAUGCCAAAUCUUGAUAAAGAUAUAACUCCUGUAAAUGAAGAUAUUCAAGAAACUAGUAUUGUUUAA